UGGGUUUCCCCGGAAGCGCCCGGCGUCUUUCGCUCCGCGCGGCCCGUGGGUGAAGCAUCAGGCGGCGAGUCGGGGUCAUGGCGCUUGCCGCGCGGCUCUGGCGCGUCGUACCCCCGCGGCCUUGGCUCCCGGUGGGGGCGGCCAGCGGGCGGAGUCGGUGCGGCCCUCGGCGACUCUGCGGCUCCGAGGUGGUGGGGAACGGAGGAGCUUUCAAAAGAAGCCUUUUGCUCUCAGCCUUGUCUUACUUGGGUUUUGAAACUUAUCAAGUCAUUUCCCAGGCUGCUUUGGUUCGUGCCGCAGCCACAGUCUUUAGAGUUGAAGAGAUCCUUGAACAAGCAGACUACCUAUAUGAAAGUGGAGAAACAGAGAAACUUUAUCAGUUGUUAACCCAAUACAAGGAAAGUGAAGAUGCAGAGUUGUUGUGGCGUUUGGCACGGGCAUCACGGGAUAUAGCUCAGCUUAGCGGAACCUCUGAAGAGGAGAAAAAGCUCCUGGUGUAUGAAGCUCUGGAGUAUGCAAAAAGAGCGCUGGAAAAAAAUGAGUCAAGUUUUGCAGCUCAUAAGUGGUAUGCAAUCUGUAUAAGUGAUGUUGGAGAUUAUGAAGGCAUCAAGGCUAAAAUUGCAAAUGCCUACACUAUCAAGGAGCAUUUUGAGAAAGCAAUUGAACUGAACCCUAAAGAUGCCACCUCAAUUCACCUUAUGGGUAUUUGGUGUUACACGUUUGCGGAAAUGCCUUGGUAUCAGAGAAGGAUCGCUAAAGUGCUGUUUGCAGCUCCUCCCAGCUCCACCUACGAGGAGGCCUUAGGCUACUUUCACAGGGCAGAACAAGUUGAUCCAAACUUCUACAGCAAAAACCUGCUUCUUUUAGGAAAGACCUAUCUGAAGCUCCACAACAAAAAGCUGGCUGCUUUCUGGCUAAUGAAAGCCAAGGACCAUCCCGCACACACGGAGGAGGAUAAACAGGUACAGACAGAAGCUGCCCAGUUGCUUACAGGUCUCAGUGACAAGAGUUGAGAAUUUUUCAGAGAAGAAAAGCACAUGAAAUAUCUAAGAAACAUUGUCUUGCAUCAAAUUAUAAAGAUAAUACAUUGACCAUAACUGUUGUA